AUGUUCUGCCGUGUUACUGUUGUCGCUUUAUUGUUGGCCGUUUCGGCAUAUGCCGGAUUUUUCGAUGACGUCAGCGGCAUGGCCAGUGAUGUUGGCGAUUUCUUCACAAAGCAAUUCAAUAACGUAAAGGACCUCUUCGCUGGAAAUCAGUCGGAGCUCGAGAAGAACAUCAACCGAGUCCAGGAUCUCCUGACCGCAAUCAAGGAGAAAACAAAGGUAAUGUUACUCUUUAGGAGA